AUGGCCUCCUCUCGCGUCUUCGCCUCCCGAUUGGCCUCUACCAUGGCCUCGACCUCCAAGGUCGCUCGCCCUGCCGCUCGCUUCCAGCUCCCUGCUGCCGCCCCCAAGCGUACCUUCACCGGUCUCCGUGCUCAGGGCUCUCCUCUGGCCCAGACUGUCAAGCGCCAGCAGGCCUCUACCCUCCUCAAGGCCAACGCUCGCCAGGUCUUCGCUGCCCAGGAUGCUCGCCGCCAGUACUCCUCCGACGUCGCUAACGCCAUGGUCGAGGUCUCCAAGAACCUGGGUAUGGGUAACGCCGCCAUUGGUCUCGGUGGUGCUGGUAUCGGUAUCGGUCUCGUCUUCGGCGCUCUCCUCCUGAGUGUCUCUCGCAACCCCUCUCUCCGUGGUCAGCUCUUCACCUAUGCCAUUCUCGGUUUCGCCUUCGUCGAGGCUAUGGGUCUGUUCGACCUCAUGGUUGCCAUGAUGUGCAAGUACGUCUAA